AUGGAAAAUUUAAUUAUUCAAUUAAUCGGUUUGCCUGAUGAAUUGCUUGUGAUGAUUUUCAAGAAACUAAACAAUGUUCAAUUACUUUAUACUCUAUUUGGUAUCAAUAGAGAAUUAGAUAGAAUUCUAUCUGAUUCAAUCUUUACUAGAUAUUUAGUAUUAUCAAGGAAUCUUUCAAAUGAUGUUAUUUGUCCAAUAGUUGACACAGUACUUGAUCGAUUCUGUUCACAAAUAUUGCCUCAAAUUCGUUAUAAAAUCAAUUUCCUUACACUUGAAACAUCAUCUGUGGAACGUAUUCUUCUCACUGCUGAUUAUCCUAAUUUAUAUGGUCUCGGUCUUUACAAUAUUGAUGAGAAGAGUGCUAAGCGUUUUUUCACUGGUAAGAUAUUUAAUUGA